AUGUGCGUGCUAAUUAAUUGUUUUUAUUACUAAUCGUGAAAAUCACUUUUAAGGAGCGAAAGUUAUAGAUUUAAGAUUUUACGGUUCGCCUCAAAUCACGUGAGGUUGAGGUAGCUGUCAAAACAACAACACAAAAAGGUUAAAAAGUGUACUUAAACCAGAGUGAGUCAGAUGAUUUAAUUGCAUUAUGAGAUUUCCAUAUCAUCAAAUAGAGGAAGAUUCAAUAGAAACCGUGGGAAACAUCCAGACACGGAGGGCAUCCAAUGAGGAAAUGGCAGAAAAUGAUGGAACAUUUUCUCCAUCCAAACCUCUUCUUCCGUACUGGCCAUUCUGGUGUGGAUGUUGUCAGAUAGCCAUAGGAUUCCUAAGUGCUUGUUUUGGUGCAGUGCAGGCUUUUGUCAUUCCGUUUGUGAUCAGUGUAUAUGCAGAGAUUGGACUGUACAGAUUGAACUCCUACGGUGCCGCAAUCUGGUCAGGACUUGUGCUGGUUGUAUCUGGAAGCUGUGCUGUCAGAGCAUCAAAGAUACGAGAUUUAACUUCGGUCAUACAGUUCUAUGUGACAACAUUUUUCAGUUUUCUCACAUGUCUGGCCAUGGUCAUACUUAUGAUGUGGUGUUAUGUUGAGAUACCAGUGAUUGAUUCGUCAUUGUGCAAUGAAAUGUAUCAUUUCCCAAAAGAAGAUUGUGUGGAUAUUCUGUAUAAGAUACACAAAUACUCAGUGAUUUCCCUGCUGUCUGCUGUAUGUAGCUUAGUUGGUUGUUUAUUACUCUUCCUCUCCACAACAAACUACUUUUGUCCUGUCAUGUUUGGUGAAAUACACUUAUUUAAGAAGCUUGGUGUUUGCUGGCUGCCAUGUUUUUUUUACCUGCCACCUAAGGAUGUUCUCAAGCCUUACAAACAGGAACAGAAUGUCAAAGUUUAAUUUUUAUGCAUGCAACUGAAGACUGACAAAGUAAAUACUCCCCUUCUAUGCUUGAUUCAGUCUACAACAGGUCUAGUGAUGAUUCUUCUCUCAAUGUUAUAGUUUGACAGUUCUGUUUAGUUUAGUACAUCGUUAACUGUCCAUACAACACAUUAUUUGCUGCUUAGUUAAUUUAUAAAACUGUAAUUAACAUAAUCUGAAGUGUUCAAAAUGGUUUUGAUAUUUAAUCCACACACUGACUUAUUUUCUGAACUUUAAUUUUGCUAAGCACCUGGUGCUAAGGGACCUCCAAUCGAGUUUGAGAUUUUGUGAAAAAUAAAACAGCAAAGUACUUCUGAAUUUUUAGAAUUACCUUAAAAGUAGGAUGGGAUUUUCUAAUUACCAACAACAGUUGGUGUCGUAUAGUUUUCUCAGCAUUCAGACCAUUUUUAUUAGAUAUACAGUCAAAUUGUUUGCUCAAACUUGGUUAAUUUUUACACCACCCUUCUCUCAAACUUGUUGUCAGGUCCUGGCAAAAUCCCUGUCCAUUGGCUCAAACUACUGAUAAUUCGUACCAAUUUUGCUGUUCCCAUCAAGUUUGAGUGAACGAACUUUGUUUGUAUACUGUUCCCAUCGAGUUUGAGUGAACGAUGUUCGUCUGUAUGUAUGCAUCUGUGAGGCAUUGUCAGCACAUGGUUGUUACAGUGUGUACAUGACGAAGUGUAUAUAUUCAAUUAUCAGCUAGUUGUCAGUGUUGUUAAUGCCUAUUUACAGCAUUGGUAGUCAUCAAGUUUUUUGAGAACUAUGAGGUAAAUGUAUCGCACAGGGAGUAUUAACAUUCUUAUUUCUUGUUAAUUAAUAAAUGUAUACCCCGUAAAUCAGUGACGUUGUUUUAUCACAUAGGGAGAAUUGACAAUCUUAUUUCUUGUUAUUUAAUAAAGGUGUAUACUCACUAAAUCAAUGAAAGUGCAGGGAGUUUUGACAAUCUUAUCUCUUGUUAAUCAGUUAUUAAAGGUGUUUACCCAGUAAUUAUUUGUUAUUGUUUUCGUAAGAGCAUGAAAAAAACAUUAGCACUUAGAGCACCUGUUAUCAUUUAUUAAUUGGCAAUAUGUUAAUAUUGAAAUGAUUUUAAUGGCAAUUAAUUAUAUUUUAAUAAUGGUUGAUCUUUGAACUCAGCAGUCUAAAGCAUCAAAUGACAUGUUGGUUACAUUUCCAUUCCUAAAUGAAUCUAAGAAAUCUCUAAUAUAUCCUAAAUGCCUAUUACCAUGGUUACAGCUUCUUAUUGACAAUCCACAUAACAAAUCAACAUAUAGUAUGAUAUUCUGUUGCCAUUAGAUUGGUUGUGUUUCAAAUUAUUUCGAAUAAUCAAUACAGCUCAGCCAUUUCUUCUUUUUUGGUACUUCUUUUGUAUGUUUCAUUUAAAAAUCUGAUAGUUCAUAGUGUACUUAUUUAAGAGGAUUUUCUUUUAAAAUAAGAUUGAAAAUAGACUUGUUGAUAUGUACAUUACAAAGAAAUGACAUACACAUAUAUUUUUUAUUUUAUUAGUAAAUGUUUUAAAACAUCUAUGUGUGCUUCAUAACUCAAAUAUGUGAAUUAUUGUAUGAUGCACUUGACAUAGAAGUAAUACAAAGGUUUCAUGAGCAUAAUAAUAGUAUAAUGCAGUCUAUAAUAUAUAUCUGGGUCAUAUACUUUGUAAUGUAUGUAUUCAUAGAUGUAUGUAUACAUUACUGUAUAUACAUGUAUGUUCUGAAAUUUUUGCUAUACGUAUGCAUAUAUGUAUGAUUGUAUAUUAUGAAUUUUUGUAGAUAAAGAAGUUACCAAAAAAAAAUAAAGCAGCCUGUACAUGGUCUUCACUCUUUUCUAUUCCUCUAUUCAGUCUGUAAAUUUUCAAUAAACACCCCUUCGAAUAAUAAAUGGCAUUGCCCAAAUGGAAUGAUUGACCAGUCCACUUUAGAAAUUUAGUAGGGUAAAGGUUAAAAAUACAUGCUAGUACAAGUUGAAAAUACUUGAAUGAAAUACAGACUGUUAAUUGCCUUUUCAAAUUUUUAUUAUGUUGCAUUCAGUUUGUAAAUGUUUUUGAUACAUAACAAUACUAAGUGUUUACUUGCAAAGUAAGGUUUUCUUGUAUUUUAUUAUCAUAUGGCAGGGAAAACUGCAGGAUAAACCGUCCCUUGAAAUUGCAGGUUUUGCGAUAAUGAUAGAGGGCAUGAACAAAUUAUUUUCUUGUGAAAGAUGGGACUGGAUUGUAAAUUUUUGUGAUAAUUUAUAUUGGUGGGUUGUAAAUGUAUGAGAUUUGAACUUUGUUGAAAGUUACUGAAAAAAUUUUCAUGCUUAUACAUGCUAAUUUUGUAGUUUUACCUCAGAAAAUGUUUUUAAUAUCAUGAUGACCCUAAUAUUAUACACUUGAGUUGUUCCAUAUGCUUACAACUACUACCUUCAGUUAGUUUGAGGUCUUGCUAUUUAAUAUCUGUGUUAUUGAAACGUUUGAUGAUGACAAUGAUUAUGUUGAGGAUGAAUGUAUGAAAUCAGAAAGGUUGAAAUGCUUAUGUUAAAAUAUAACUAUUAAUUGGUUGAGCAGUUGAUCAACACUUCUUGCUGUAAUAUUUGUAAUAUUAUUAUUGUAAAUCUUCUUAUUAUUCGUCUAGAAAAUGAAUGUUUUGUGUAGGAUAAUUCGUCCUAAAUAACUAUGUAUGGGAGUUAUACUGAAUUUUAAGCCACUUUUUGAAUGUGGGACUUUUCGCUUCUUGCAUCACAUGUUAUAAGAUUUGUUGUUGAAUAAUUUUUUAAGUAUGCUCCAUUUCAUUUAAUUGAAUUUUACUGAAGAAGCACUUUUGGGGGGAAUUAUGUCUCCCACCACACAGUAGUAUGGGAGACAUGUUGAUUAACUCCUGUCUGUGUGUCCGUGUGUGUGUGCCUGUCACAAAUCUUGUCCGCGCUCUAAGUCGAACAUUUCUCAUUUGAUCUUCAUCAAACUUGAACAAAAUGUGUUUGCCAGUAAGUCCUUGGCCAAGUUCAAUAACUAGCCAAAUCGGCUAAAGGCACUUCAGAAUUAUGGCCCUUGAAUUACCGAAAAUCACUCUGUACACAGAUGCCAGUGAUACAUGUAUUGGUGCAUGGUUGACUCAGAUACAUAACUAUUCAGAUGAUUAGGCAGUUGUGAGAGACAUGAGCUUUUCUCAAAAGGAGCUCUAGUUUCUUGAUAUAUUUUUUCGGAAUAUUAAUUGUAACUUGGAAGUAUAACAAAGUGUAACUUCUGAAUGAUAGAAAUGAUGAGCAACUUUUAGUUAGACUAAGAUAACCCUGAUCAAAACAUUGUUUAUUCUUAAGCUUUAGUUACUUUAAGCCAAACCUCAUAGUUUUACUGAUACUUAGUUCUGAAAAAUAUGAAAAUACUAAAGACUAGUCAGUUUGUAUAUUAUCAUCACUCAGUCAAAAUUUAAGGAAAAUCAAUCAGUUUGUUACAAAAUGAUACGUAUAUGUCAAGUUCAUAUGCAGAUUAGUUUUGGUUUGAAAUCAUGGUCGAUGAAAAUCACAAGUGGACAAAAAAAAAAAAAAGCUGCAAAACUUUAAUGAAAAAUAUAAAGAUUUUUUAUCAGUCUUAUAUUAAAUACAGUCAAACUUUUUGUUCACUCAAACUCGUAUAAUUUGAGCGACAGUCUUCGCUUGAACUCAUUUUCAGGUCCUGGCAAAAUCCUUAUAUAACGUCAAAUCUGAACAAAUUUUACCAGUCCGUUCGAGAGAACAAAGUUUGACUGCAUUGAUAAUGAUACAUGUUCAUUUGGCACUGUUGUAUGUUUACCUAGCAUGUGUUAACUCUGACCUCUGGGUAUUACAAGGUUUGGACUUGCCUUAAUAUUACUGUGAUCCCGUAUCAAUUUUAGUCAAUAUUUACAUGUUUUUCGAUAAAAUAAAGAGCUUUAGCUUAUUUCCAGCAAGUGCUUGUAUCAUAUAUGAUGGAAUGGUACGUUGUAAUAUGUUAUUUAAACUAUGAAAUGUCGCAUUAGUACCAUUAGUAUGUGAUUGAACAUUAUGUUUGUUGUAUGAGUGUUAAAUUAUGAAGUUAUAGCUGUUGUUCUUAUAUUAUACGCUUGUUGUUGAAUUCAACUCUCCUAAAUAAAUGUCAUAACAGCAACUUUUUCAGAUUUUUGAUAGAAUUUUAAAUGUCUUUUUCUCAAAGCUACCUUUGAUAUACAGUUAUUGAUUUUCACCUUUUAUAAUUGCAUUUCUAAGACUGAAUAUGUUUGUUUUUCAAAAAGAAUAUUUGUCUGUCCUUCAGAAAUAUAAAAAAUAAAACAUUUUGCAUUGGUUUCACAUGUUUUUAUAUCAGUUUUCACUUCAUUUAUUUCUGCAUGUGUUGAUGAUGAAUUUUGUGAUAAAAUAUUAAUUGAUAUUUGACAUGUUCCCUCAGAUUUAUAACUUUAAUAGUUCAUGACCUUUACUUGCAAGGUCAUGCUAAAUUUAUACACUAUUUAUCUAUAAUACUUGAUCUGUUAAUUUAACAAUGCAAUGUUACUUUAAACUGUCCAUAGUAUAUCUGAAAUGAAAUAACUGCUAACUCUGUAUGAUGCUGGUUGAAUGAAGAAUAUUAUUAUCAUUUGAUUGUUUUUCAACUAUAAUAAUAAAAAAAAUGAAAAUGG